UUGUGGGGCUGAAGGAAGCCAGGGGCGGCGGCGAGCGGCGCGAUGCGGUGCGGCGGGACCUAGGCGAGCGGCGCGGCGAGACGAGACCAGCGCUGAGCUCACCUCCUCCCGCCACCCCCACCCCCUCCACCGGCCCGCCUCCCCUCCCUCCCCCCUCCCUCCCUCCUCCUCCCGCGCCCAGCCUGCAGCCGGGAUCUCAGUAUUAUGGCAUCGAGGAGAAUGGAGACCAAACCCGUGAUAACGUGUCUGAAAACCCUGCUCAUCAUCUACUCCUUCGUCUUCUGGAUCACAGGCGUUAUCCUCCUUGCAGUCGGCGUCUGGGGCAAGCUUACCCUUGGCACAUACAUCUCUCUCAUCGCUGAGAACUCCACCAAUGCCCCCUAUGUGCUCAUCGGGACGGGUACCACAAUCAUCGUCUUUGGGCUUUUCGGCUGCUUCGCCACUUGUCGCGGCAGCCCAUGGAUGCUGAAACUGUAUGCCAUGUUCUUGUCCCUGGUGUUCCUGGCUGAGCUAGUGGCUGGCAUUUCAGGGUUUGUGUUUCGCCACGAGAUCAAGGACACUUUCCUUAGGACGUACACUGAAGCAAUCCAGAAUUACAACAAGAACGAUGAGCGGAGCCAUGCAGUGGAUAACGUACAGGAAAGUCUGAGCUGCUGCGGCAUUCAGAGCUACACCAACUGGAGCACCAGCCCUUACUUCUUCAAGCAUGGCAUCCCUACAAGCUGUUGCAUGAACUCCAGUGAUUGUAAUACUCAGGAUCUGCGCAACAUGACCGUGGCUGCCACUAAAGUAAACCAGAAGGGCUGUUACGACUUGGUGACCAGUUUUAUGGAGACAAAUAUGGGAAUCAUAGCUGGAGUGGCUUUUGGGAUUGCGUUCUCACAGUUGAUCGGGAUGCUGCUGGCAUGCUGCCUCUCCCGGUUUAUCACUGCUAACCAGUACGAGAUGGUGUAACAAGUCUUUCAGAAGCGCCAAGCCCAGAGCCUGUCCGAAGAUGAGGAGCUGCAGACCCGGAGGAAGACUGACAUGAAUGUUAUAGCACACACUGUCUCUCGCACGCACGCACACCCACACCCCACGAGCGAGCACGUGCGCGCGCGCACCCACACCCCCACGCCCCCCCACCGCCUCCUCAACUCUCUUCCCCAUGCGUAGUGUACCAUCCUGUGAAGGUGCCACUGAGAGCAGCCGAGCGUCCCACACCCCCCCUCAACUCCUCCUCAGCCUCCAGACCCCCCCUCCAUCCCCAGGGCUCGGAGUAGGACGGCACCGUCUCUAUGUUCUUGGUCACACAGUAGUCGCAUCGUAAGUUAACAAAGGUAAUUCAUUAACGGCGUCGAUCAGGCUGUGCAUGUAGUGACUGGAGGGCAUGAUUUAGCCUCUCACCAUGGUUAAUAAGUGUUGCACACGUUCAUAGAAAACGGUAUAUGAAAUAUAUAUAUAUAUAUUCUUUUGGGGGGAGGUUAUCUCAAUUUCUUGGUUUGUUUAUUGCUUUACUACUAAGUUUUUCAUCCUUUCCCCCCUACCCCCAUUCCCUACGCCUGCCCCUCCGUCCCUCCCUCCCACCUCAGCUUUUGUCCCCAGAAACAAAGGAAUCAGUAACAUAACAUAAAGAUACUUGAAAAAUGAUGUUGAAAUGUUGUGCUUGAAGGGAACUGUUAUUCCUGAUGUUCUUCUACAUCCUUGAUUCUUUCUCAGUGUUGUAUGCCCAGUGCGUAUCCCAGUAGGCUUUGUCUAGUGCAUUUCGCCUCUGAACCUGAUCCUGUGUAACGCUGUUAACUAAGCUGUGUUGUUGCUUACUGUGAAGGCAGGAAUUUUGCUUCCUUUAUUUUUAUUAGCUAGUUAGGAACUAAUUGAACUGUGCUGUACUGCGGCCUUCAUACCUUUAUACCUUUUUUUUUUCUCUCCCCUCUUCUUUCUUUUUCUUUAAUUUCUUUUCUCUUUUUGCAUUGAGGUUUGCAGCCACCAAAUCCAUUCUUGAAUCAAAUUGAAAUUAAAGAACAGCAAAAACACACACACCCCCCAAGGGAAAAAAAAAAAUCACCAUUAAAAAAAAAACAAACAACCCCACCCAGGCAUAUGAAAUAUUUUUUUUUGGGGGGGGGGAAAGCAAAGUUUAAAAUCUUUUUAGAAUGAAAAAAAAAAAAGAGGAAAUAGGGACUUUUUUAAUAAUGCCUCUGUCUAGCAUGCCAAUGAGAAUGCAUUGAUAUUGUAUUUGUGAUAUACGUAUUAAUAAAUGGAACCAUUACAGAUUU